AGUAAGAAGAAGCACGGCAAUGCUGCGUAGAACUGCCACGACUGUGGGAUCCGCAUGUAAAAAUUACGGCCUAAAUUUCAAGAAAUUCGCGAAAAACCGAAGAACCAUGGCCGAUCUGCAGCAGAUUGCGAGCAACAAUGAGCGCGCCGAGGCGCUGAUCAACUCCAUUGAAGCGGAGAUUUCCGGCCUCCAGCAGCAACUUGUGGCUCGCCAAAAGCAGGAGCUGAUCAAGGAGAACGCCGCCCUGGCCAAGGAGGUGGAGGCCGCUCUGGCCCAACUGGUGCAGCUGGAACUGCGGAAUGGCAAGAAACAGAUACCGGUGCCGGGAUCCCGAGGAUUCUGCACCAGUGCGGCUCCGGUAGUCCCAACCGCUCCCGCUCCCGCUGCUGCCGCUGAGGCUCCCAAGGCGGCGGCCAAGGAGCCCAAGGAGAAGAAGGUCAAGGAGAAGAAACCGGCCGCCGAAAAACCAGCCGCCGCUGCUCCAGAAGCUCCCGUGGACGUGGGCCGUCUGGAUCUGCGCGUGGGCAGGAUUGUGGAGGUGGGUCGCCAUCCCGACGCCGACAGCCUGUAUCUGGAGAAGAUCGACUGCGGCGAGGCGGCGCCGCGCACCGUGGUCUCCGGCCUGGUGAAGUUCGUGCCGCUGGAGGAGAUGCAGAACCGCCUGGUGGUGGUCAUGUGCAACCUGAAGCCGGCCAAGAUGCGCGGCGUCACCUCGGAGGCCAUGGUCAUGUGCGCCUCGACGCCCGAGAAAGUGGAGGUGCUUAGCCCGCCCGCCGGCGCCGUUCCCGGCGAUCUGGUCCACUGUGAGGGCUAUCCGCGCCAGCCGGACGCCCAGCUUAAUCCCAAGAAGAAGAUCUUCGAGGCUUGUGCCCCCGAUCUGAUGACCAACGCCGACCUGGUGGCCUGCUACAAGGGCGCCGCCCUCCAUGUGCCCGGCAAGGGCAACGUGGUGGCCCAAACCCUGAAAAACGUCAAUGUUAAGUAAGCCAAUAAACGAGAGAGAAAAGCUU